AUGCUGCUCUUCAAGCUUUUUCCAUCGCUCCUGCUGUCGGCCAUCUUGAACAUCGGUGGGGGAUUACUCGCCGCCGCUGGACAGUAUUCGGAUGCGAGUACAGCAAUCGAUGGGAAGCCGUUUCCGCCGUUGAUCAAGGCAACGUUGGAAGAUCUUGUGUCAGGGCUCGAAUCCGGGUUGUUCACAAGCGUAGACUUGGUCAAGGCCUAUACUUCGCGGAUCCUAGAAGUCAAUUCGACUCUCAAGAUGGUCACGGAGCUCAACACUGAUGCUCUGUUAAUUGCGGCGGAAGCGGAUGCUUUGCGAGCAGAGGGGACAGUCCUGAGUCCACUUCACGGCAUCCCCAUUCUCCUGAAGAACAACAUAGCAACCAUGGACGCCAUGCCCAAUACUGCUGGAUCAUAUGCACUCCUCGGCGUGAAGGUCCCCGAAGACAGCACCAUGGCCGCAAAACUCAGAAAAGCCGGGGCAAUUCUCUUGGGUAAAACCAAUUUGAGUCAGUGGGCGAAUUUCCGCAGCUACAACACAUCGAAUGGAUGGUCGGCUUGGGGUGGACAGACCGAGGGUGCUUACUACCCCGGGCAAGAUCCUUCUGGUUCAAGUUCUGGCAGCGGUGUUGCGAGCUCGCUGGGCCUGGCUUUAGCCUGCCUCGGAACAGAGACGGACGGUUCUAUAGUCUCGCCUUCGAACGUUAACAAUCUCGUCGGCAUCAAACCCACAGUUGGGCUGACUUCAAGAUACCUUGUGGUGGGUAUCUCUGAGCGCCAAGACACCAUAGGCCCGAUGGCGAGAACGGUCAAGGAUGCUGCCUACAUUCUAGCAGCCAUAGCUGGACAGGACCCGAACGACAACUACACAUCUGCGAUUCCUUUCAGCGCCACGCCGGAUUAUGUCGCAGCCUGCAAUUACCAUGCUCUAAAGGGGAAACGUAUUGGUGUCCCGCGAAAUGUAUUUGACAUCACUGGAUUCGAAGAGCAAUACGGACCUAUCGUGGCAGCAUUCAAUGCUUCGCUCGACACCAUCCGUGCCGCCGGGGCCGAAGUGGUCGACGAUAUCUACCUGGAAGGGUAUGAUGCCAUAGCCAAUGCGACCUUUGAGCAAGUCGUUCUCAUGGCCGAUAUUGUCAAGAAUCUUGCCUCAUACCUUUCCGAGCUUGCGGUGAACCCGAACAACCUCACAUCCCUGUCGGAUGUGCAAGAGUUUACGCAAAACUUCACUCUCGAAGAAUGGCCCGAACGAGAUACGGGAAUUUGGGAGGAUGCACUAGCUCUAGACUACGGUAACGAAUCACCUGAAUUCUGGUCGAAUUACACGGCCGACCUCUAUUACGGCGGCCUACUUGGCAUCACUGGUGCUCUCACGAACCUCUCUCUAGAUGCACUGGUGGUCCCGACUACUUUUGCGUCAACCCUUCCUGCCAUCAUCGGGGCGCCAAUCGUCACAGUUCCGUUGGGCAAGUAUCCUGAGAACACGACAGUUGUUCCGAAUGCGUUUGGUAAUCUGAACAACACGGCGCCGAACAUCCCCUUUGGAGUUAGCUUCUUGGGCGAGCACUGGAGCGAGGAGAAGUUGAUAGGAUUUGCGUAUGCGUUUGAGCAGCGGACAAAGGUUCGGAAUACCAUCCAGCCGUACAUCCAGCCGCAGACGGAGCUUGUAGAUAUUGUCAACAAGAGAGUGACCGAGGGAUCUGGCAGAGCUGAGAUCAAGAUUUAA